AAUUGUUAUCCAAUUACUUUAGCUCUGCAUAAUCCCUGGCAUAAAAUAUUUCAGCCAAGUUGUCGGCGCAAACCUUUUGUUAUAUCCAUUUCAGCGUUUCUUCCUCUCUGCUCUCACUCUGUCCUGCAGGUACAAUUAGCAACCGAGUCUCAGAAUUUUCACAAUGCCAGCUUUAAAUAAAAUACUGGUUCUCAGUGUUCUCUUGGCUUUCUUGGGCUUCACUAAAUGUCAGGAUCUGCCAAGUUAUGACCUGCUGGAAGAGUUCCGUUUGGUUGAGAGCAGAGGGGUGAGGCAGGUGAAAGGCUCCGAGCCAGACACAGUAGCGUAUCGUGUAAACCCCUCCCUGCAUCUAAGGAAGAGCUUGAGCGACGUUUACCCAAAUGGUCUGCCUACUGACUACUCUGUCAUAGCCACUUUCAAGAUAACCAAGGAUGAGGCGAAGGCGUCCUGGAACCUUUGGCAGAUUAGUGACCCCGAGGGCCGGGACCUGGUAGGGCUGCGUUUUAAUGGUGACUCUAGAACGCUGGACUUCUUCUACAGCAGCCCCAGCAAUAUACAGAUGCUGCGCACCUUCCACGGUGUGGAAAAACUGUUCGACGGUGAGUGGCACAAGCUGGCGCUCAGCGUGAAGGGAGACCAGGCGAAGCUACUGGUGGACUGUGAAGAAGUGAGCACCGAGCCGCUGGAUGAGCCAAGGCCAGUCAUCCUCCGCGGCUACACCUCCAUCGUCAAGAGAACUGCUGGCGGUCGCUCGGUCUCUGUGGACCUGCAGAGGAUGCGUGUUUCCUGUGAUGCUGACCAGGCCUAUUCUGAAGGCUGCUGUGAGCUCUCCAGUGUGUGUGGAGGACAUGCAGAGAUUGGCCUGAGUGCUAGUAGAGGCAGAGCCACAUGUAAAUGUAUCCAUGGACAGCCAGGUCCACAGGGAAUUUCUGGUCCAAAGGGUCACAGAGGUCUGGCAGGAGAGCCUGGAGAACCAGGGCGAAUGGGAAACUGGGGGCGACGAGGAGAUGCUGGAGAACAUGGAAACAUAGGCCAACCUGGUCCUAAGGGCUAUGCCGGGAUCAAAGGAGAGAAGGGAAUGCGAGGACUCCGUGGCCCUGAAGGUGACAGAGGGCCUAAAGGCCUGAAAGGUUUACCAGGUGCUGCAGGCCACAAGGGAGUGCGAGGGCCUCCUGGAGAGAGAGGGGAGACUGGGUUGCCAGGAGAGAGAGGUUCAGUGGGAGAUCAGGGGUACCUGGGGAUUCCUGGAUAUCAGGGAGUAAAGGGAGACGAAGGCCCCUCUGGAAAAGAUGGACCUCCAGGACCACAAGGCCUGCAGGGUGUUGUGGGAGAUCCUGGUGAAAGAGGAGAACCUGGAGAAAAAGGAAAGCCUGGUAUACAUGGGCCUAAGGGAAGAGUUGGAGACAUGGGAAUAAAGGGUAUUGUUGGUGAUCCAGGUUUACCUGGAAGGGAUGGAGACCCUGGCAUUGAGGCUUAUCAAGGACUUCAAGGGCCUGAGGGCAAAGCUGGAAAAGUUGGCGACAGGGGUGAGAAAGGUGCUCAGGGGCCUCCAGGGAAUAUGGGUCAUCAAGGACGCCCUGGUCUGCAAGGAUAUAAGGGCUCAGCAGGAAAGCCAGGAAGACCAGGACUCAUUGGGCCUCCAGGAAAAACGGGACAUAUAGGAUUACCUGGAAAACCAGGUCCAAAGGGAAGUACUGGUAUUCCAGGAUUUCAAGGUGUAAAAGGGGAAAAGGGUGAGAAAGGACAAAAAGGACCAAAAGGAAGGGUGGGGGAUAGAGGUGAGGUAGGGCCACAGGGAGGCCUGGGGAAGCGAGGGCCAGCUGGAGAUACUGGCCGUAAAGGCAACGAGGGGACCAAAGGUGUCCAAGGAGACGAAGGGCCAGAGGGCUUUCUGGGACCUCCAGGUCCACCAGGCCCAACGCUCUCAGCCCAACAUGUUAUCGAGGUCUGCAAGCGUGUGGCGCUGGAACAGAUGUCCACAUUUGCCAACUCUGUGAAGCGGACAUGUGCUGCUGUGUGUCCACUCUAUGGCGAUGUGCCCAUGGGUGCCCCUGGUCCCCCAGGCCAAAAGGGACAACCUGGACCACCUGGUGAUCCUGGCACUGAUGGUGUUGAUGGAGAAGUGGGGCAGCAAGGAUUCUAUGGAGAGCCUGGUGAUCCAGGCAGACAAGGGGUGCGAGGUGAUCAAGGAGAGAAAGGAGACAAGGGUCUAAAAGGUUAUGGUUUAACUGGUUACACUGGAGACCAGGGACAAAAAGGUCAGCGUGGGCGACCUGGCAGAGUAUUCGAUGGGCGCCCUGGUAAAAUGGGUGAGAGAGGCCAUGUCGGCCAACCCGGACUGAGGGGUCACCCUGGACUACCUGGGGUUCCUGGAGUUUGCCUGACUUCAGGGUGUGGUUUGCUCACUGGGACUGCUGGUAGCACACCCCAACAAGAACCCCAGAGCUCAUCCCGACGGACAUCACAGAGACAGCGGACACGCCCAUAAUGUUGUAGGAUAACUGCAAUUGUGUAGUGAGACAACCGAUGUAAAUACAUAUAUCAAAAUAUACCUCCUCAUCAAAAGACUUUAAGAUUCCAGUAAUAAAGAGCAGAACCAUCACAAACGUACAGUAUCAACUGAGAAAUGUAUGUGGCUAACAAUGUAUUGUAAUGAUUACAAAUAUUGUCACAAUGUCUUGUGUUUUUAAAAAGGCAUUUAUGUGGCUUCUAAAUCAUUCGUAUGGAAAAUUCCUCCAAGCUUCAUGAAGGACUUUAUUUUUCCUGUCCGAGUAAGCCCACACAGUUUCAUAACUUCAUGCUCAGGUGAGGGUACUGGGGAAGAUGAUUUAAUACUGUAUCUCAAUAGGUUGUAAUUGUAUUUGGCCAUGGGUUAUUUGCGUUUUUCCAAGCAAGUCCCCCCCCCCCCAAAGAUACAGCAUCACGGAUCAAAAUCUAUUUUCUCAGUAUACAUCAGACUGUUGAUUUUGACCAGUUCUGCCAUCACUGGUUUAAAUGACCUAGAGACCAAGUCAAAGCCACCUCUGUGGUUGACAAACUUCACGUGCUGUUCUUCUGACCUAGUGGUGGCCUUUGUGAAUGAAAGAAAAAAAAAAAUACUCAUGGUUGUCAUGCCAUGCUUUAUGAACUCCAGCAUACUAAAAUUUCUUUCGCCUUGCAGCUAAAAAUUUCAGUUCUCAUUAGCCCUCAAAGAAAUUUUGCCAAAAGAGGAUGAUGUCACUUUAGUGUAUGGAUAUUGUGCCAAAUACUAAGCAAGCAGGGUUUUUUUCCCCCAGUUCUUUAAGCAAAUGAUCUUUUGUCCAUCUGAUGCUGACAGUUUUUUGGGUAGGUCACUGGAUGUCAUGUCCUCAACUUGCCAGGUUUUUUCCCCCCUCCAAAUUUCCUGGAGAGUUUGAACAUUUUGCAAAUCCAGUUGAGAAGGAUACUGCCCUCUGAUCACAUUCUUUCAGAAGAAAUAACACAUGACUUUAUUAAAGUGCAUUUUUAAAGCUCUCCUUCAGCAUUUUUAGCAAGUGCCUUACAUUUAUUCUAUUGUAAUAUAAUUUUGUAAUUUUUAUUCACAAAUAAGAAAAAAAAUUAAAUAAAACAUUGCCCCAUAUAAAUAGCAUUUAUAAAAAAAUUUUUUAAAAAAGAUCACUGAUAUUUUCCAUCACUUGUGUAUAUAACAAAAUGAUUAAAGUUAUUACUGCUUGCUCAAAGUAUUAUAUAACCCAGCUGCUCCUUAUGAUUUUCCCUGCAAUAAUUUAUUUCCUUCUUUUAAAAGGACAAUUAUUACAUGGCCUGUUUCUAGAAAAAUUGUGAGGAUGAUCCAGUCAUCCUAUGAGUAUCGUCAGUGCUUUCAUUUCUGAUGUCUAGAAUAAAUGUUCUUUUAAUAGCUAGAUAAACUGAACUAGACUAGAUUUUUUUUUUUGCUUCUUUGGUUUGUCUACUGAAGCUAAAAUCCUAGGUCAAUUAUAACACUAAGAUUUCUAACUUGGUUCUGGGUGUUUAAAUUCCUGGAGCUCGAGUAUUACCUUACACCUUUCCUCUUUGACUAUAAAUAAAACUACCUGAUAAUUUAAGAAGAGCCAUGAUAAGCAUUUCUGCUAUAUUGGUAAUUUUGGCCUAAUAAGAACAUAUAGUAUAUACAGUAUCU